UCGAUAAGAAAAAUGAAAAAAAUGAAAGGAAAGAAAAGCAAUCUCUACGUUACAAUUCCGGCGCCAUUCCGGUGUCCAAUUUCAAUGGAUGUGAUGAAAUCUCCGGUAAGUCUUUGCACCGGCGUUACCUACGACCGAUCCAGCAUUCAAACCUGGCUCGAAACCGGUCACAACACCUGUCCAGUUACAAUGCAAGUUCUUCAAUCAACUGAUAUCAUUCCAAAUCUCAAUCUCCGAAAUCUCAUCCGCCAUUUCUCCGACACACUCCUCCGUCUCUCUCCGGAUUCCACUCCAUGUUCUUCUCAACUGAUCUCAAAACAACAGGUCACAUAUUCAAUUCGAAACAUCGAGACUGGAAACUCUGAAUUUCGUUUGAAUAACUUAUCCGCAAUAUCAGAUUUCGCUAGGUUUUCGGAUCAGAACCGUGAGUUUUUGGCGGUUAAAUGUGAUCUGGUAUCUGCGUUGGUUAGAAUUCUGAAGAAGAAUGUGAAAGAAAUUGAGAUUUUAGAAACGGUUAUUGAGAUUCUAGCUUUGAUUAUAAUCGAAGUUGGAGUUGAUAAGGUGAAUAAAUUGGUUAAUGAUUGUUUGUCAUCGUUUCUGAUUGUUCUUCGUAGAGGAAAAACUAGUUCGAAGAUCGCUUCAGCUAGGGUUUUGGAAUCCAUUUCGUUAGAUUCUGAAUCACAGAGUUCAAUCGGCUUAUUACAGGUAUUAUACUGUUUAUUAAUCGAAACUGAUGAUCAGAUCACGAAACAAGCUGUAUUAUCAUGCCUGAUAGCAAUAUCAAAAUCAAGGAAGACAGUAAAACAUGAUCUAAUUCAAAAAGGUAUCGCGAAAACCGCCGGCGACAUUCUAUGGAGCUCCAUAACAACGGCGCCGGUGAUCGAACAGAUUAUGAAGCUUCUAGAGAUGGUUUCUUCAUGUACGGAAGGUAGAUCGGCGAUUGGAGAAGAUGAGAAAUGCGUUUCUGGAGUGGUGAAGAGAAUAAUGACGAAAUCGACAUCGGGAGAGGCGACGGAGAACGGGGUGGCGGUUUUGUGGAGCGUUUGUUAUAUGUCUAGAAAUGCGACGGCGAUGGCGGUGGCGAUGAAGAGUAAUGCGGUGGCGAAGGUGUUGAUGGUGAUGCAGAGUGGUUGCUCCGGCGGAGGUAUGUAUCAGAUGUGUAAAGAUCUGAUUAAGGUUUUACGAGUUAACUCUAAAUCGUGUUUGGCGAGUUAUGAUACUAAAGUCACACAUAUAAUGCCGUAUUGACUCGGUCAAAUUUCAAAACCCAAACCAAUAAUAAUAAUUUUGUUUUUACUUUUUUUUACAUAUCAUUUUUACAGCUGUAAAUCACAAAUGAGAGAAUAUAGCAAGAAUACAUAUUUGAUAUAAUAUUUGGUCGAUUUGUUAUGGGAUAAAUAUUAUUUAAACUCUUUAUGAU